ACGCAGUGUGAAACAAUUUCCAAAGAACUAAAAACAAACUCAAUAUGAGAUCUAUAUUGGUGCUGGCUCUGUGCCUGGGCGUGGUCUGUGCAGAUUUUGAGAACAGAAGCAAACGGGACGAUUUCCACAGUCGCCACUACACCGCCCAUCAGCAGGCAAUCGAAGCGGCGCGCAGGAAGGCCUACGGCUCGAGUGGCAGCUUGGGAGUAGGAAGCAGUGCGGAUCUGGCAGUAGGCGGCGGCUGCGCCAGCUGCGGCGUGGGUGCCUCGUUGGGCAGCCUGGAGAGCUCCUACGACUCGGUGGGUGCCGUCGAGGGUGCGGAAAGCAGCAGCAGCGGCAGCGGCAGUGGCAGCCUAGGCGCCAGCUUAGGAGGCGCAGCUGGCUUUGGUGCCAACAAUGCGGCCGCUUUUGGUGCACAGAACGCGGCUUCGUUCGGCUCGAACAGCGCCUUCUCCUCGAACUCCGCCUUCCAGACGAGCCACAGCGCCAACUUCAACGCGGCCACCGCUCACAGUGUCGGCAGCAACGUGGAGUUCGCGGAUGCCAACAAUGCCGGCACUGAGGUCAACUUCGGCGGUGUCGGAGCUACCAACUCCGAGUCGCUGCUCUCCGGCAAUCUGCAGGCACCUUUGGCCAUUUCAGCGCCUGUCGCCAGUGGCGGAAAUGUGGAGUACUUGCACCACGAGCGCGUCGUGUCCAGCGCACCGCAGCAGGUGGUCUACACGGUGCCCGGCGGCUCCCAGAAGUACGUGCAGCACGUGGAGCGCGUGGUGGAGCAGAAGCCCGCAGUCCAGUACAUCCAGGUCGCCCAGCCCGCUGGCACCUCCGAGCACUACUACCAGCGCAAGGUGACGACCACCGCCUCGGCGCCACAGAUCGUCCAGCAGCCUUCGGCUAGCUUCACCUACGGCUCAAAGACCGGCUCCAGCUUCGGCACCAACUCCGCCUUCAAGGUCAACCAGAACCUCGGCUUCGGCAGCAACUUCGGCGCCCAGUCGCUCUUGUCCGCCGGCCAGACCUCCGGCUCCAGCUUCGGCGCCGGCAGCUCCCAGCUGCAGCAGCUCAUCAACCAGGCCCACCAGACGGCCAAGCAGCAGGCAGCCAGCGGCAGCUCGAUCAGCAGCGGUGCCGGCCUGGCCAACGCCAAUCAGGUGCAGUACGGCGGCUCCAACGGCUUCAAUUCCAACUUCGGCUUCAACUCGGCGAGCUCCCUGAACUCUGCCAGCUCUUUGAAUGCGGCCAGCUCCCUGAACUCGGCCAGCGCUCUGAAUGCCGGCGCCAGCGGCUCGCUCUUGAGCGGUUCCCUGCUGGGCGGCAGCCAUGGCUCAUUGCUGGGCGGCUCCCUCCUGGGCGGCUCCUCCAGCAACAGCCAGCUGAAUGCCCAAAACAACUUUGGCCUGGGUCUGUCCUCCGGCCUGACUAGCGGCCAGCAAUUGGCCGGCUCUGGAAACUUUGGUGCUGGCGUCGGUGGCAACAGCGGCUUCCAGACCAAGCAGUGGGAGAAGCAGUCCAAGUGGUCAUCCCAAUCCGAGUUUGACUCCAAUGGACAUGUGAAGAACUACAAGGAUCUGGCCACCGGCGAGAGCGAGAACUACAAUGUGAAUGGCAAGCAGUUCGGCUACAAUGCAGCCACCGCCUCCGUCGACGACAAUGGCAAAGUGAGCACCUACAGUGUGCACUCGUAAGAUGUAACUCGCCUCCCUCGCCUCAUCUCUCUAUCUCUCUGCCUCACCAUGAACAGUAGUAUCAAAAA